CACAGGAAUUGCGUGAAUCCAAAGGGAUUUGGACAAUCAUCCGAAAAAUAAGCUAAAAAUAUGGCAAAGUGGGUAACUGAAGUACCUCAUGCACAAGCAUGCAUCCUCAUCCCACCUUGGAAGUGGAGAGACACCACUCAGAGACUCCAUGUUCUCGAACGUUUCAUGCUUUUUAGUUUUGUUCUUGCCUCCAGUCAUUAGCACAUGUACUUUCAAGACCACAACAAAACAUAUAUUUCAGUCACUUUACCAAAUCUUAUUGGAUUAAUUCUUUCUCGUUUCAAUUGUUAGAUAACAGAAAAUAAGGAUAAAGUUAUGCAAAAAGGAAUUAGGUUGUUGAUUUUUUAAAGUAUUAAACAAUUUAAACCAAAUCGUUUUUUAAAAGUAACAAUUAUUUAUUUAGAAUUCAUCGACAUAUUGUUAAACAUUUUACUUUUACAAAUUAUAACAAUUUUACACAAAUCUUACCCAGAUGAUUGUGGAGCAAAUUUGAAAAAAAUGCUAAUUUUUCUACACAAUUUGAAGAUUGCAGAAACGAAAUCUUAUGUCUUAUUAUUUUAAAUAAACUUCAGUAAAAUUGAACCUAUUUAAUUUAAUAUGGCGUGCAAAUGAGCAACGUCUAACAUGCAUUAUUUUGAUGCAAUAAGUGUGUGUACUAUAAAAGCAAAUGCAAAAGCGGAGAGUCCGGGCAUAGUGGAGAAAGCAAGUGUAUGUGGGAGUGAGAACACGACAUGCUCCCACCUUGUUUCAUAAAUGUUCAACUUUAUCUCUGUUAUUACCCAAUUUAAGCUGUUUUUCUCUCACAACUCACAAACACAUGCACUAAGCAAUAACAAACUACUCAAACUAAGUGCUAGUACUAUUAUUUCUGUUAGUUCCAAGUUGUUGUUUUCCUUUGUCACCACAAAAUGAGUGCUGAGCAAAAACAAGAUGCACCUUCGUGCAAGCCAACACUUUCUCUUCCAGUUCGCAAGGUUGAUGAUCCAAUAGAGGCAACUGAUGAGACUUCACAUGUUAAUCAUUGGAAGCAACAGAAUCUUCACCUGGAAAUACCCUUCACUACAUUAGAAGAGCCUUCUCAGGAUUUUGUUGGAAUAAGGAUGCCACUCACACCAAGUCCUACUCCAACUCAUAAGAGAGUGAAUUUUCUUGUCACUUCUCGUUCUGUUGAUGCUCCAAUCAGAAAUCACCCAGGCCCUUCAGCUUCAAGAGCCAAAUCUUCCAUAAGAAACAUCUUACCAAAGCUCAACUUCAGGAAUCGAACAUCAUCUGAUAUUGAAAAGGCUAUAACUGGAACUCCAGAAGGUUCCUGUUCAGGCCUUCAAGAAAAGUCUUCAAUCUCAAGAUCAGUGUCUCUCACAAAAAUAUUCACUCCUAAGAUUAAGAGGGCAUCAUCAUUACCUGUAGAAGAAAUUGCUCUUGCCAACACAGAUUCUGCUCUAGCUGGAAUUGUUGGUUGUUCUCCAUGUGGACGAGAGACCCAGGGGAUGAUAGCUCGCUCUCGUUCAGUGCCUGUCAAUGACAAAGAUAAAGGAAUAAGGAGAAUGGAUUCGGUUUUCCGCGUUAUUCCUUCCACCCCUCUAGUAAAGAAAGUGAACGAAACAACAGAGGAUUCAGAAAAUGGUGACGGUGAAGAUAUUGCUGAAGAGGAAGCCGUGUGUAGAAUUUGUCUGGUUGGUCUAUGUGAAGGAGGUGAGACAUUCAAGCUGGAAUGCAGCUGCAAAGGUGAACUUGCUCUGGCUCAUCAAGAAUGUGCUGUUAAAUGGUUUAGUAUCAAGGGUAACAAGACCUGUGAUGUGUGCAAGGAGGAGGUUAGGAACCUCCCUGUCACUCUCUUAAGGAUCCGUAGUGUUCAAACGCAGAAUACUGGAGCAAGGUCCCCGGAAGAUGAUUACAGGAUUUGGCAGGAACUCCCAGUGCUUGUUAUUGUCAGCAUGCUUGCCUAUUUCUGUUUCCUUGAGCAGCUGUUGGUUGGAAAAAUGGGAACCAAAGCAAUUUUCAUGUCUCUUCCAUUUUCCUGUGUAUUGGGUCUACUCUCCGCAGUGACAUCAUCAACUAUGGUUAAGAACAGGUUCAUCUGGAUCUACGCAUCUGUCCAAUUUGCUUUGGUGGUUCUCUUCGCUCAUAUAUUUUACUCCUUGGUUGGUAAGCAUGCAGUUUUGUCAAUCCUUCUAGCAACAUUUGCUGGGUUUGGUGUAGUGAUGAGUGGAAGUUCAAUUCUUGUUGAGUUUUCAAGAUGGAGAAGAAGAUGGCAGGCUUUAUCCGAGCAGAGUCAAAGCUGAAUUGAUCUUUGUAUGGCUUUUUUCGCGUUGGUUGAGGGGAUUGUCAAUUGUCAAUUGUCAUUGUAUAGGCGAUAAAGCUCUGGAAGGAUUUGACUAGUGUACAUCUACACAAACACUUUAUUGUACAGCUUAUAUUAUCGCAAUAGAUGAUGGCUUAGGACUACACUCUCUCUUGCUAUGGUUUUUUUGUUUAUUUCAUUGUACUAAGCAUUUCACCACAGCAAAACAAGAAUACUGUUUCUGGACUGCUUUUUUGCUUGGUGAGAUACAAGAUUGACAAAAACUUAUUUGUGCAGUAAAAUAUUAAUAUGUUGACGUGAUGCUCUAAACUUAAGUAGUGACGAUUUAGUGUGUAUUUGAAUUUCAUUUUUGAAGUACUAAAUCGUAGUUUUUGA